GCAGGUACUUGUUAACAGUUGAAAAGACAUGCGCACGGGACAUGUAUCGAGUGUAAACUUCCGUUUAUGACGAAAGAUGAAAGAGUGCUCCGAAAUCCGUUCUGCAAAUGACAAUGCGCUGCAAUGACCGCGAGUUGUUAAAGAAAGAACAGUUGAAAGUACUGAAUGUUAUGGCAGAAUCUGAAAGACAUCACAUGAGGGCAUGUUUUGGUCCAAGUGACCAGCUGGUUUUAGUUCUACCAAAUAAGCCAUCUAAUGGGCAGCCUGCAACUGUAGAGAUUCAUGAUGCUCAAAGACUUGAAGAGCAAAACGAGUUUGAAUGUCGGAGUCUAUUCGCUGGACCUUUAGUGAGAUUGGAUGCACCAAAUUACAAGCUUUUCUACCAGUGCAAGAAGUGGAUGACAGGUACACAAAAUAUUGUUGAAGAGGACAGAGACUCUUUUGAACUAAUUGGGAAUUUCCUGGAACAUCAUAUUAAGCAAAAUGGAGUAAUGGUGAGAAAGAACCUUAUUGACCUAAUUUUGAAAGGUCAUGAGACAACCACCACCAUACAGCCCAAUUCAGAUGAAGAGGAAAGUGAUGACCGAGUGAAUAAGAUAUUUGCACAGGGCUUGGAAGAAAUUGAUCAGCCAUUUAGAGUGGAUAGAUCAAUAAUGUCACUUAAAGAAGUAGCAGAUCACUUCAGACAUCUAUUGAUGUAUGGCUGGAAGAAGGAUGCAUUGGACUGGGCUGUUAAAAGUAAACUUUGGGGUCAUGCAUUUCUUCUUGCUCACUUUAUGGGCAGACAGGCACAAGCGUAUGUUAUUGGAAGGUUUGAUAGCUCAGAUUUUGAGGAAAAUGAUGCUUCUCAAAGAUUUUAUGAGAUACUAAAUGCAAGUCCUCCAGCCACUGAUGAGAUGGAACAGGACAGAUUGAUUACUUGGAGGCCUCAUUUAGCGAUGAUUCUCUCUAACCAAGCUGAAAACUCUGACAGAGACAGAACAUUUAUCAGAACCAUGGCAGAUGCACUAGAAUUUGAUGGAAAAGUUCAUGCUUCUAACUUCUGUUACCUUAUGACAGAGAUGUGUUACGGAUCAUCAGACAACUACAAGAUCUGUCUCUCGGCUUCUAGAAACAGCAUAGUUCUAAAAUUGAUAGAUAGUGUAAAGAAUGUAGUGCAUAUAUACUCUCUUGUGCUUGAUUGUCAAGAGAGUAUUCCCACCAGACAUCAGGUUGGAGCUGCCAGAGUUGAAAUAGAAAAAUCUUUAAACAACUUCUUUAAAUGA